CUGUCCUUGUGACUUGCAGCCCCACCUCAGCCCCCUGCUCACUGGCUCAGCAGAGGGGUGUGUGGGGGGGUGUGCAUGACUCUUGGAGGCGGCCAGAUUGCACACACCCCCCUCCCGUUGUCGUCCUCCUCCGGCCGGGCGUGCCUGUGACGAAGCCGCUGCCGUACCCGUCCCAACAGGCCUCCCAGCGGGGUUUACGAGGAGCGCAUCCAGUGGGCGAGCCGCAGGAGCGCGGGAGGCGCUGCCGGGAGAGGAGUCGGGGUGGUGCCAGCUGGGAGGGCCAGACCCAGACGGGCUCCGGGAGGGCGAGAGAGACGGAGCGGCCAGGGAGGGAGUUCCUGUGCCGGGACACGGCCGAGGUCGGUGCCGGGCUGCAGCUGGGAGACAUGGAAGGCGGAGACACCAUCAUUACGCAGCCGGUCUGCCAGGAGGACGAGAUGCGUGAUGGAGAGAUGCGGGAAGUGCAGGUCGGUGGCCACCCGGUGCUGCUGGUGAGGGACCGCUUGCAGUUCAGAGCUCUGGGGCACAAGUGUCCUCACGCCGGAGGACCACUCAGCAAGGGCUAUAUGGUACAUGGGAGGGUGCGCUGCCCCUGGCAUGGAGCCUGCUUUAGCACCCACACUGGCGAUAUCGAGGAAUACCCCACACUGGACUGCCUCCGCACGUUCAAGGUGCUGAUAAAUGACGGGAAGGUGUAUGUCAGUGCCAAGAUGAAGGACCUUGAAAGCAGCCACAGGGUGGCCCCCAUGAGCCAGCGCAACCCGCUCAACAGCCAGACGGUCCUGAUCCUGGGGGCAGGACCGGCGGCGCUGACCUGCGCCGAAACGCUGCGCCAGCAGGGCUUCACGGGCCGGGUCCUGAUGGUGACCAGAGAGAACGCCUUGCCCUACGACAGGACCAAGCUGAGCAAGGAGAUGGAGGCCACGGCGGAGAGCAUCACCUUGAGGCCGCAGAGUUUCCUGGACGAGUACAACCUCGAAAUCUGGAAGCAGAAGGAGGUGGUCUCCGUCGACACGGUGGGCAAGACGGCCCAGUUCAGCGACGGGACCUGCCAGGAUUACAGCAGUUUGCUCAUUGCUACGGGCAGCAGCCCUAGGCAGCUGCAGUGCCCGGGCGCCAACCUGCAGAACGUGUGCACCCUCCUCACCCCCGAAGACGCCGAGAAGAUCCUGCAGCUGGCAACCGGCAAGAAGGUGCUGAUCGUGGGAGCAUCCUUCAUCGGCAUGGAGGUGGCUGCCAGCUUAUCCGACAAAGCGGCUUCCAUCCAGGUGGUGGAGAGGGCCGAAUGCCCCUAUCACGGCGCCCUCGGUGACCAGGUCGGAGGCGUGGCCAUGAAGAUGCUCCAAGCGCAGAAGGUCCAUUUCCACAUGAAGACGGAGGUGGUCGAGCUGCACGGAGAGGCCGGGAAGGUCACGCAGGCCAUCCUGUCCGAUGGGCAAACGAUUCCGGCGGACGUGGUGGUGCUCGGGAUAGGCGUCACCCCCAACUCCGGCUUCCUGCAGGGCACGGCCAUCGCGAUGGACCGCAGCGGCGCCAUCCUGGUCGACCGGUUCAUGCAGACCAACGUGGCUUCCGUCUUCGCGGCUGGGGACGUGGCCUCCUUCCCGGUGGCUCUGCUGGGCGGGAAACACGCCUCCAUCGCUCACUGGCAGGUUGCUCAGGCACAUGGUCACGUGGCCGCGAUGAACAUCCUGCAGCAGAAGACGGAGCUGUCGACGGUGCCUUUUUUCUGGACCCGCUUGCGGAAGGAGUCCAUCCGAUACGCAGGCUGUGGGGUCGGCUACACAGAAACGGUCCUGAAGGGGGAUCUGAGCCAGAAGAAGUUCCUCAUCUUUUACAUCAAGGACGGCUGGGUGACCGCCGUGGCCAGCCUGCACUUUGACCCCAUGGUAGCCGUGGUGGCAGAAAUCCUCUACUCUGGGAGAAGGAUCUCCAAGCAAGAGGCAGAGGAGAUGCCGGGGAAGAUGCCGCAGGGCACCGGCGUAGCCCCGACGUGCCCGGGAGGGAUGCCGCCUCCGUGCCCCACUGAAAUAAAGCAGUAGAAAGCCGA